AGGCAUGAUGAUGCGAUGGAAAAGUAUCUGAAAAUGUACGCGCUAGCUACCAGACUGUGACUGCGAGAGCAAGGACUUAAAUUCGAAGGUAGUGCUGGUGCUGCUCUUGCUGGUGAGAUGUCAAAGAGCUCGAGUUUUGCGUUGUCCUCUUCCUUUAUGGAGGACGCGAGACGAGGAGGUAGGCCAUUUCUUUCGAGCUGCUUCGAGCUCACUACACUUAGCAUUGUUGCCACGAUUCCUGGUGAUCAAGGAGAGGAGGCCCACAGCUGGAGCUACGUCUUAACUUCCACUCUUGUCGCGGAAAGCGAGAAACUUUCACGAGUUUUUCUUCUUUUCUUCGCUGAGGGAGAAGCGAGAUUUUUGUCAUAGGAAGCAUGCGGUGCUUUCCAGGGUGUUGCUGUUUUCUUUUCGGGAGGGGGGGUCCCUCCUCGCUUGUUACGCACACGUCUUUGUUUAGAAUCAAAACAGUGAUCCAAAGCGAAUCCGAGGAAGCAUGGCUCCCAUCAACGACGAUCGAUCGUGCAGUGGUGAGCACUACAUACUACAAAAGCUGGACAGAUUCGUUUGCACUGCCGCACUAAUCCCGCUGGCAGAUCACAAAACAAAGCGCAACUUGGCUGGUUGGCAAGCUGUUUGCGUCUGGCUGGUUCUUGGACACAUCUGGGAAAAUGGAAGCUACUGCCUUAACUCAGGUAUUGUUUUUCUUCCUAAACUUCGGAUUAGUCCACUGGCGGAAAGAGCUACAGGAAGUUCUGGACCACCACGACACAUAAACUACCAUUUGUGGAUGGUGAAAUCUAGAAUUUCUUAAGCUUUAGAUCUAGUGGUGGUUGCGGGCUUGAGUGUAGGCUGGUUGACUGUCUAUGCAUUUUGGUAAAGUUUUCAGAGAGUUGUAUGCCUCCCUCGCUCUUUGCUUUCUCGGCCCACCUAGUCCCACUAUAUGCUUCUGUCUGACAACUGAGCUCACGCAAUUGACAUUCUCUCGCUUCGCUCGCUCGCAAAUUUCUCCAUCCGAGCGUUCGGCUAUAGAUUGUAACAGCACACUAGCGUGAUUUCGAUUGAUUGACUGAUUUGUAUCUGUGUCUCAACACUAAAGUAAAAGGAAAAUCAUUUUGUUGCUGCA